AUGGCAGUACUCGAUGCAAUCCAAAUAUUCCUCGUGCCUGACCGCACGCACAAAGACCAUGACGAUUUCGCGGGCAAGACUCUCAAAGUGACGCUCGAAUAUAUCUCGCAGUCGAAAGGCGUUGAAGCGUGCUACGUCUCGAAACAAGCAGUGGGUCAGGAAAUAUGGAUCUUUCUAGUCCACAAAGAUAUCCAAACCCACGAACACUUCCUCGAAUCUACCAUAGGCGUAGGCAUAAUGCUUCCCUUUCUCCAGAGCCCUCCUCGCCUUUACAGCUUUUCUGAAGAUCCAUUCGACUUUCUCAGUGACAACACGAACCUUCAGUUGAGUCUAUACGAAUUCGACCCGAAGCCAUCAGGCGCAGACAUGGCCAAGUUUGAGCAAGCAUUGCAAGAUCUCUGGAGCCCCCAUACCGUGUUCUUUGCGCCACAGAGCGACGAAGGCUCGGCUGCCUUUUUGGGUCUGACGACUGAAACAAAGAGUCUGCGGUCAGCUGCCCGGAAUCAGAGUAUCAACGCUCCGCAAUACACUGUUCAAAGCCAGAUUAUCGGUGUGGACCUAUUCGUUCCAAAACUUACCUCAGGGACAUCACUACUUCCACUUCCAACUACUACAGGGGAGCUGCUUCGUUCUGACCCCCGUUCUUACGGUGACAUUCCAUUCAAUGAAUCAGCAAUCGGCACCAUGGCACAAACGCAGAGCAUCAGUUUUCGACCCAUGGAGUACAUAGCUGACUCAGAUUGGUUCACCCGCGACGAGAACGACUCCUCGCUCAAUGAUUCGUAUGAGAAGUGCAUAAGCAUUACCACGCUUCGCUACGCCCAAGCACGCCGUGACGAAGAUGCCUGUGACCUCCAAGAGACCUUUCGCGAACUCUCCAUUCAGCCUGGGUUGUUGAGCCUCCACUGGUUCAAGAAUGAACACGAUCCACGGAUUGUGCGGAUCAUCGCAGCGUGGACGCAAGAGACAGGCCACACAAAGUUUCAGUCAAUUAUCAAAAGCAAGAUAUUCUCUCAAAGAGACAGCACAUAUGCUCAGAGCGAUCCGGAGUUUGCAGCAUUUCCAGCUCAGGGGCUUCCUGACUGGGAUGACGGCUCCCUCAUCGAGCUGGUCACCUUUGACUUCCCGAAAUCGUUAUCCAAUUAUGAGAAGACUGCGUUCGAAUGGUAUUUGAACAAGUUCAUCGCCAACAUGGAGCCAUCAGACCCCGAUGAACCGAGCAUUGUGCAGCCGUUCAAACCACUAUGGUCGUCCAGCAAAGAUAAACAGCAAAGCGUUGUUUUCAUCAGCUGGAACGGGCUUCCCGAGCGUAAAGCGUGGCUUCAGAAUUUUCUGGCUCACCCAUAUGAUGUGGCGGGCUAUGUUGUUCAUGGGGUCUUUCUGUCUGGGGCGGCCAUAGUGAGCACGACUGAGACUUUGCAUACUGUUGAUCACUUCAAGUUGAAGUAUAAGAAAGAGUCCGUGGUCCAUGCAGUAGAUGAAGAAAAGACGAAGGCGUAA